GAUUAAGAUUAUGUGUCUACUGAUUGCAUGUUUUAGCCACAUAUCUGAGUGAUUUUUUUGUUUUGUUUUGUUACACCCUUAAAAAUAAGGUUUAUUCAGUGAUUAUUAGGUUAUGUUAGUAGCCUAAUAACCAUCUUAUUAAGAUUAUUUUCACUAAUUCUUCGGAUAUUAAACACAAACAAAAAACAAAAAACAAAGAAUAGCCUAAAAGUUGAUUGAGGUUGAAUAUGCACACUAAUAGCUUACUAUAGCCUAUAUAUAUUAUGCUUUUUUGAGAGUGUAUGAGUUUUACUUACUCGAAAGUGUUUGAGAUUUUCUUUAUUAGACACAAAUUUGUGCUCGUUUCCAAACUUCUCAUAAUCUCAAAUUCAGUUGGAGGAGUCGGAUUUGCAGUCAGAGUGGGUGAGAGCAGGGCUGUCCCAGGGGUUGCACCCCAAGAAAAGGUGGAUAAACGCGGAUGAAAGACAUGCCAGCGCAUGCAACUUGUAAAACUGUUUGGAAUAGUUGUCAGUUUCUUGUCCUCUGUGAAGCUGGAGCGACUGAAAGCAAAGAUAUCCGAUGAGCGCGUAAAGGGACCUUCUUGCGCGUCGCACAACUUUUGGAGGCGCUCCAUCAAGUAGAGAGCAUCAACAGCACGCACGGGCGCACUUGAAUUUUUUCUUUCUUUUUACUUGUUGGCUUUGCUCAUCGCUGGAGAUGUUCGGGCACGAUAUCUGCCUCGUCUCCUCGUUGCUGGCGGCUGCCUGUGCCGUGUUACCGGUGCUGCUGUUGCUGGUGGUCUCACGGCUGCUGUGGGAGUUCAGGUGGAGCAUCACCCGGGAUCGGGCGUGUAAACUCCCACUUCCGCAGGGCUCCAUGGGCUGGCCGCUGGUCGGAGAAACUUUCCACUGGCUUUUCCAGGGAUCCAGCUUUCACAUUUCUAGACGAGAGAAACAUGGAAAUGUUUUCAAAACUCACCUUUUGGGAAAACCCCUCAUCCGAGUGACCGGUGCAGAAAACAUCCGAAAGAUUCUGCUGGGCGAACACACGGUGGUGUGCACACAGUGGCCCCAGAGCACACGCAUCAUCCUGGGGCCCAACACUCUAGUAAACUCAGUUGGUGACCUGCACAAGAGGAAAAGAAAAAUCCUUGCAAAAGUGUUUAGCCGUGGGGCGCUGGAGGCCUAUCUGACACGACUUCAAGACGUGGUCAAGUCUGAAAUUGGAAAGUGGUGCACCGAGACCGGGUCUGUGGAUGUUUACGCCGCAGCCAAGUCACUCACCUUCCGCAUCGCUGUGCAAGUCCUGCUCGGCCUGCACCUGGAUGAGCAGCAAAUCGCGUCUCUCUCUAAAACCUUUGAACAGCUCAUGAACAACCUCUUUUCGCUUCCCAUUGACACCCCCAUAAGCGGCAUGCGUAAGGGAAUCAAGGCUCGUGAGAUUCUGCACUCUGCCAUGGAGAGGAUCAUAGAGGAAAAACUGAAAAAGCAGCAAGCCAGCGAUUACUGUGACGCUUUUGACUAUAUGCUGAGUAGUGGAAAGGAAAAUGACUAUGACCUUACAAUGCAAGAACUUAAGGAAACGGCGGUAGAGUUAAUCUUCGCCGCCCACUCCACUACCGCCAGCGCAUCAACAUCCCUCAUCCUGCAGCUUCUGCGUCAUCCAGAUGUGUGCAGACGUGCAGGAGCAGAGUUAGAGAGCGAGGGCUUAAUCAGCGACGCGCACGGAUCCUGCCGCUCACGUUGCUAUGGAAACAUCAUCAGUGAGGAAAGCGAUGCUGCCGAGAAGAGUACCAGCGAGUAUAGAUCGAAGACGAAUAAAAGUAUGUGUUUUGAAGAAGGAGAAAAGGAAGAAGGUUGUCGUUCUCGGACCCAUGUCCCUUACCUAAGUUUGGAGAAGCUGAGUCAACUUUCCUACCUGGAUUGUGUGGUCAAAGAGGUGCUUCGGUUCCUUCCACCAGUGUCUGGGGGAUACAGGACAGUUCUGCAAACAUUUGAACUGAACGGUUAUCAGAUCCCGAAGGGCUGGAGCGUCAUGUACAGCAUUCGUGACACGCACGAGACUGCAGAAGCGUAUCAGAACCCGGAGCUCUUCGACCCGGACCGAUUCUGUGCAGAUAGAGACAAUACCAAAACCGAGCGCUUCAGUUACGUGCCUUUCGGAGGCGGUGUGAGAAGAUGCAUUGGGCGGGAGCUUGCUUUGAUUGUGCUGAAAACUCUCGCAGUGGAGUUGCUCGCCACGGCAGACUGCACUCUGGCGACAGAAACGUAUCCCAGGAUGCAGACGGUGCCAAUCGUGCAUCCAGUCAACGGACUGCACGUGUUUUUUAACUACAGAACCCACGGGAUCGAGAGAAACCGGAGGGAGUCCACGCAUAUAUAAAUAAAUAAAUAAAUAAAAAACAUCAAUUAGACACUGUACCACAUACGCAUAAACGUCAAACUGCCUUUGGGAAUCAUUUGCAGUCGUAAGCAGUUUCCUUCCUGAUGUUUACGCAAAGCAAAACAUCUGGAAAUCUGAUGGAGACUUGACAAAGUCAUUAGAUAAUGCAAAGUCUUGAACUCUUGUUUGUUAGUAAACUUAUGAAAAAGGGUAAAUUAUCCACUAGAAUGCAUGAAAAAGGUGUGUAAAAUACAUACAAAAACACAUUUUGAUUUGCAUGAGGACAUCGAUCCUACACAUCUUGUUAGGAGGAAAAAAAGAAUAGAAAUGCAUUAAAAUUCAUCUCAGCGUUGUAUGCGGUAUAUAAACAAAACCUGUUUUUAUGAAAUGAAGUAGUAACAAAUAAGCUCUAAUUAUAUAUGUAUUUUUCAAGUGAAUAGGGAUAGCUCACUAAAAAGAAAUAAUAUUAUGCCACUUUCUAAUUUCUAAAAGACUAGUUAUCUGUACAGUACAUACUGUCAUUGUUGCGACUCUGUAUUCUAAUACUUACAGAAUGCUUUAAAGUACAUAAAUAGGCAAGUAAUACAUAGUUAUUUGUGAUUAUCAUGAAUGUAAGCUGUGAAAAAUGAUCUUUGCGCUGUGAACUGGAGUUUCAGUUUAAAUACAGGGAAGGAGAAAACAAGCAGCACUUUUUCUCCAAAUUAGGAGUAUAUGUGUAUUCUUGUCGUGUCGGUACUUGUGUGUAAUUUGUAGUUCCUGUGCUAGUGUUUGUCUUGUUCGGUAGUGCUCGUUAAUUUUAUAUCUUUUAUGAUAUCUAUUUUGAAAUGUGCAUUUGGAGCUCUUCUGUUGUUAAAGAUGUUUCUCUUCAAUAAAGAGAUUUAAUGUGUUUAUUUGGA